AUGGAUCAGAAGAUAAAAUGCAGUCUAAUAAUUGCGGGCGCGAUCGUUAUAGCAGGCACUGCGAUUUGGUGUAUAUGGUCACUGUUGAAAGAAGAUCCAGAAACGAAAAGAAAGUUGAGGAAGGAACUUAAUGAAAUCGUUGAGAAAGCUUCAGCUCUUGCAGUGGAUACAUUCAUUACUACAAAAUCAAAUGAGUUUAUAAACGAUAAAUCACUAUUUGAAGUAAUGAUAUUAGGCGUAUCAGUAUUCAUUUAUGAAAACGAUAUAAGAACCGAAAAAGACAAUUUAAAGAGGAAUCGUAGCAACACGAAUCAAGCUAUGAUUGACAGAGUUGAGGAUACAGUAGCCUACAACAAAGCUUAUGCCAAAGCUAAUGACGCGAUAGUAAAAAAAGCGAAGGAAAUCGCUGAAGAACUAAUAUCGAUAAAAAUUAGGGAGAAGGUAAGUUGGCAGAGUGAAAAAGCGGCGAAAUCUGCUACAGAUGAUGCCGUCUAUAAAUUAGUUGAACAAGGAUCAAGCGUUGAGAAAACUGCCAAGGAUGAAAUCAGUAAAAAUGCUAAAAAAGCAGCUGAGAAAGUAGUGAAAAGGAUUAUUAGUGAUACAGUGUUGUCUACUAUUAAAAGUGCCGUCCAAACUGAGGGUUAUAUAGCUCUUCAAUGCAAAUUAGACGACAUAAAAAUCCAAAUUAUACACGAUGUUAUCCUAAAUGAAGCCAAUUUGGGAAAAUAA